AUGCAUCCCAACGCGAAGCCCACCCAGAAGCCCACCGCGGAGCCCACCGCGAAGCCCACCGCGGAGCCCACCGCGGAGCCCACCGCGGAGCCCACGGCGGAGCCCACCGCGGAGCCCACCGCGGAGCCUACCGCGGCACCCACCGCGGAGCCCACCGCGGAGCCCACCGCGGAGCCCGCCGCCAGCGAAGACGACGACGACGACCCAGAGGGCCCCUAUUGUUGCCUGGCGGGCACCGGCAAGGGCGCCAGCUUCUGCAGCGAGUGCUUCGACGCCGCGAAGGCGUUCGCGGGCAGCGUGUGCGGGAACUCCAGGAGCUCGUGCGAGUCGUGCGGUGGCGGGGCCACCUGGUGCGACGAGGAAGACGACGCUGCUGGCAAGGCCGACGAGGGCGACGCCUCUGACGAAGAGGACGGUGGCGAGUGCUGCCUGGCCGCGGCCGACCACGGCGACUUCUGCGCCUCCUGCUACCCGACCGCCUGGGCCAAGCGCGGAGGUCAUUGCGGUGGCAGCAGGUCACAGUGCGAGGGCUGCCACGGCCUCGCGACGUGGUGCCCUCGCUCGAAGGGCGCCGGCCAGGAGGACGCGGUGGCUGCGCCGCGGGAGCCCGACGAGGAGCCCGACGAGGAGGACGGCCCAGAGGGGGGUGAGGAGCAGGAGGCCGACGUGCCGGAAGACUCGGACGGGUCGGACUUUUGCUGCCUGGCGGGCAGCGACAUCGAGGACGUCUGCGGCUCCUGCUUCUCCACGGCCGUGGCGAGGAGGAGCUCGCACUGCGGGGCCUCCAGGAGCGGGGCUCGCUCCGCGGCCACUCAGGCCACGUGGUGCAGUACUUCUCCGGCGUUGGUCGAUGGCUCAGACGACUCGAUGGAGCUGAUGUUGCACCUAGAGGACAGCGAGUACAAGCCGCGCGCCGGGGAGCCCAUCGUGAUCAAGAUACACAACAGGACGUUCCAAGCGGAGGUGGUCGGCGGCAUCUCGGAGGAGGACCUUCAGCGGGCGAUCGUGCGGAAGUCCUCCGAAAGCGGCUCGGGCCGCUUGAGGCGCGCCGUCAGCGCCGCGCUUCCCGGUCCAGCGAGGUGGCCCGCGGCGGCCUGCGCAGCAGCCGCUGCGCUGGCCGCGGCGGCGGCGCUCUCGGCUGCGGCCGCGCGGUGCCGGGCGCGGCCGCCCGCCGCGGGGCCGCUUGCCGCCCCCGCCGGCAGGGGCAGCUCGCUCGCGCUCGCGAGGGCCUACGAGGCGGUGCAGGGCAGCCCGCCGUCGGAAGCCGAGGCCGCCUGA